AUGAAAUUAUUAUCUCAAUUUAUUUCUAUAAUAAUUAUAUUUUUAAUAAUAUUUAUAAGUGUAAAUAAUUCUCAACAGCAGCAACAAGAAGAAGAUAUCAUUGCAGAGGAAGAACCAAAUGGUAUACCAAUUAAUUUGAAUAUUAUAUUAAUCGGAUUCGAUGGUAAUGGUGCAUUCGAAUAUAAUUUACCACCAGAAACCUUAAAUGAUCUUUUAGUUGAAACCUAUCCAAUUCAUUAUGUACAUUCAAUAUUCGAUUCAAAUUAUUUAAAACCAUAUAAUAAAGAUGAUGACAACAACAAUGGUAAUGCCAAUAAUAAUGAUGAUAUAGAAAAAGAUAAUAUUGGUAAAAGAUUAAUUUCACACUACGAUUUAAAAUACAAUGUAAUAUCAUCAAAUAGAAUCUCAUUAGAUUUAUAUGAACAAUUAUUGCAAAUCAAUAUGAAACCAAUUGAAAGCGCAACUCCAUCACAUGAUGGUGAAACUCAUUUAGUUGAAAUUGAAGUUUUAGAAUCUUAUUUUGAUAAUGAAAUUACAAAGAUUAAAUCAUCAUCAACUAACUCAAAUAAAGAUUAUAGUAUAAUAUUUAUAAAUCCAUCAAAAGAGAGAAUAUUAACAGGUAGAGCAUUAAAUAAUAAUGAUAAAACAGGAUUGGGAGAAUUUAAAUAUCAGUAUAGUAAAAAUGGUCAAAUCACAUCACCAUGUUGGAUAGGAUCAUCAAGAUUCAUUGUUAUAGAUUUAAGUGCAGGUCCAUUGAAAUAUGGUACAACAUUACAUAAAUCAUCUGAUGAAUACUAUUCAGAGGGUUCAAUUGGCCAUGACUCAAUACCAAGACUAAUUGAAUACUUUGUGAAGGAUGGCUACAGCGGCACUUCCAUUCAGGGUGCAUCACCAAUCGAAAUCAUCUCUCAUAUGUCUUCUUUGGUGAUUACCAGUAUUCAAAAUGUGUUUUUACAAGAUUGCAAAUUCAAUUAUGUACCAUUAUUUCAAAAGAUUUUAAUACCAAUUCUAAUUUUCAAAGAUUCAUCCUCUGUCAAUGUCCAAAAGGAUUUACUAGAUUUAGAAUUAAUUAAAAGACAAUCCAAAAAGGUAUUCCCAUUCUCCACGGUUGAAUUUGUAUUUGCAGAACAUUCAAUACAUGAACAUAAACAUAUUUCAAUGGCAUUUUCAAAAUCAAUUAAAUCUCAUUCCUCCUUUGAAAUGAAUCCAACCAAUGGUAAAUUCUAUUCAGUUAGAAAGAAUUAUUUAGAUAGUAAAGAAUUACUAUUAUCACUAAAACAAGAAGAUGACAUUUUAGCAAGUGGUUUAAUUGGUAAUGAUGUUUCACAAAUUCCAUUAAGUUUAAAAGUUUCAAAUAAUAAUAAUAAUAAUAAAAAUAGAAACUCACCAACACAAAAAUCAAAAAUUUUACCAGUUUAUAUUUUUGCUUUAACAUCAUCAUCAACAAAUAAUGAUACAAAUAAUUAUAAUAAUUUAUUACUUGAUAAAUAUCAUUCCUAUGCAAGUAAUCAAGAUGCAAUUGUUGUUUUAAUGUCAAAUCAUACAUAUAAUAGUACAUUUUAUAAAGGUAAUUUACCGGUACAAGUGAAUUCACUUUAUUCAGGUACAAGAAAUAUUAUUGCUGGUUUAGGUUCAUCUCAAGGUUUACUCGGACCAACUUUACAUUACUCUGAAUCUCAUAAUAGGUUGGUAAAUAAUUUCUUAUGGAGUUUUGGUUCAUCACCUUGGAAUUUAUUCAAUGGUCGUUCAAAUGAUGCUAGUAAUGCCUUCACUGGUGGUAGUGGUGAUAUCUCUCAAAUCUUUAUCGAUGCAAUCAUUCGUAAUACCAUUAUAACUUCAAUUCAAUCAUCUGAACAUAAUUUAAAUUUAGCAUUGAAUGAAAUCACUAAAUUCUCUUCAAAAUAUUUAAUUGAUUCAUUAGGUUUUGAAAUUGAAGAUAUCUCUUUGAAUAAAGGUAAUUUCAUAAUUGAUAGACUUUAUCAUACUCCACCUUCGAAAUUACCAAUUUUAAAAUCAAUUGUACAAAGAUUACAUAAUGAUUUAGAACAAAUUACAAAUGAAAUUACAAAUCAAAUUAAAUCAAUACCUUCUUAUUUAAAUUCAAAAGAAUUAACAUCUUCACAAAAAGAUAAAAUUUCACAAGAUUUGAUAAUGGUGGCAACUCAAGUUGUUGGAUUUUUAGAUUAUGUUCAUAAAGAGAUAUCAAAUGUUGAAACACAAUUACUUUGUUGUGCAAUCACUCAUGGUAAUUCAAAUAAAUCUGGUGGUUUCUUUGGUAAUAAUCUAAAUAUAAUAGUUGUUGUCGUUGCAAUCAUUAUCUCUGCAAUAGUUAUUAAAAUUGCAAAUGAACAAAUAUCAAAUGAUAAAAAGCCAUUACUUAUUAAUAGGAAUAGAAAUAGAAUUAGAUCAAAAAUAAAUACAAAUUAA